AUUCAGUCUCAGAACGAUCCAAUCGUGAGAACAAAUUGCGAUCACUGAUUCUACCCAAGCAUAAAGUGUGUGAAAUCUUGAGUGAAGAGAUUCUUGUGUUUUGAGAGAGAAUCCCUGAAAUUUUUGUGAAAAUGCGGAACUUUGUGAUACUGACCUUCUUCAUUGUAACUGCCACGACUGUGUCUGCUUUCUACGUACCAAACGAGAGCCUCUCCGAUGAUCCGGGAACAGGCGACGUACUGGAUCCCGAACUCGAUCCAGAGACUCAGUUCAACGAUGGCGAUCAGCUGAUCCUCGUCCGGAAUAAGCGAGCGAGAUUUGACUCCUUCUACGGCGCAUCCGUUGAUAGUGGCGAAUCCCGCAAUCAGCUCUACUAUCAACCACUGUUCCGGUACCGCCAGACCAAGAAGAAGCGCAGGCGUCUCUUUGUCCCAAAUCUCUGGGGUUAAGUUCGCCAUCACACUUCUGAGCAUCUCAGAGGAUCACCUGUGCAGUCGAAGAAGAUCAAUGCAAAUCACCUGAUCAUGGAGCGUGGAAUGUGAUAACAUUUAUCCAUUAUAUAUUAAGAAAAUCUAUUUAUACCAAGAAAGCACUUGUUAAUAAAACACAAUAUUUUUCU